CCGUGACGCUGAGAGAAACGCGGUAAAACACUUAUUCCGGUUUGUAGAAGCACGGCAGCAGCAUGGCAUCCGUCAGCACCAUGGCGAACGCUAACGGGGCAGAAACCCUCGUCCAGAACGGGGAGCCGGCCGUUAAACGGGCCCGGGAGUCGUCGCCUCGCAUCCCGAAGGAGCCUCAGAAUAAAGUGACCGUGGUGCUCGGAGCGCAGUGGGGGGACGAGGGCAAAGGAAAAGUUGUGGACUUGCUCGCUAUGGAUGCGGAUAUUGUAUGCAGGUGUCAGGGAGGCAACAAUGCAGGUCACACUGUGGUUGUGGACUCAGUGGAGUACGACUUUCACCUGCUGCCCAGUGGGGUGCUCAACAAGAAGGCUGUCUCCUUCAUUGGCAAUGGAGUGGUGAUACACAUACCUGGCCUGUUUGAUGAGGCUGAAAAAAACCUGAAGAAAGGCAAAGGAUUACAAGGAUGGGAGGAGAGAUUAAAGAUUUCUGAUCGUGCCCACAUUGUGUUUAACUUCCAUCAAGCUGUCGAUGGGAUUCAGGAACAACAGCGGCAGCAACAAGAAGGGAAAAAUUUGGGAACUACUAAAAAGGGUAUUGGACCUGCCUACUCCUCCAAAGCUGCUCGUAACGGUCUGAGAAUCUGUGACCUUGUCUCAAAUUUCAAGGUUUUUGAGAACAAGUUUCGUAUGUUGGCGGACCAUUUCCUGACCAUGUACUCAAACCUCAACAUCGACAUUGACAGUGAACUGGAGCAGCUGAAGAAAUACGCUGACAGACUGCGUCCUCUGGUGACUGACGGUGUGUACUUCAUGCACCAAGCUCUUACUGGACCCAGUAAGAAGAUCCUGGUGGAGGGAGCCAAUGCUGCUCUCCUGGAUAUUGACUUUGGGACGUAUCCCUUCGUGACGUCUUCUAACUGCACCGUGGGAGGAGUGUGCACCGGCCUUGGCGUGCCUCCAUCAUACAUUGGCCGCGUAUACGGUGUUGUCAAAGCGUACACCACCAGGGUGGGCGUUGGUGCUUUCCCAACAGAGCAGGAUAAUGACAUUGGGGAGAUGUUACAGUCCAGAGGGAAAGAGUUUGGUGUGACGACAGGCAGGAGGAGGCGCUGUGGUUGGCUGGACCUGAUUUUGGUCAGAUACGCCCACAUGGUCAAUGGCUUCUCUGCAAUUGCCCUGACGAAGCUGGACAUUUUGGACACGCUGCCUGAGAUUAAAGUCGGUGUGGCCUAUAAUAUAGAUGGAAAACCUCUACCAAGUUUCCCUGCAAACAUGGACGACUUGACGCGGGUGUCAGUUGACUACAAGGUGUUGCCUGGCUGGUGCUGCAGCACAGAGGAAGCUCGGCGCUUUGAGGACCUGCCGUCACAGGCACAAAAUUACAUUCAGUUUAUUGAGGACUUCCUGCAAGUGCCAGUGAAGUGGGUUGGAGUCGGCAAGUCCAGAGAGAGCAUGAUCAAACUGUUCUGAUCCUCGAGCAGUUUACCCACAUGUAGUCCUCCUCCUCAACAACAGCUCAGAUGACAACUUCAGGUUUUGAUAGGAAUACAAGAGGAGUUUAAAAUUCAGACUCUAUCCUAAAGGAAAUACUUCACCAGCAAGGCUAUUUGUUAAACCUUUAGUUGCUGCUUGUGCAUCACAUUUACAGUAAAUCUUCAUAGAUAUCAUUUAUGCAUUCCACAUAGUCUUGUCUAUAUUUAUUAGGGUGUUGAUUUUUAAAACCUGGUGUAAAUGGAUCAAUCAUUUCUUUACUCCAUUCCACAGUAAAGCACACCGUUUAUUUUUUUAGCCUUUGAAGGUAAUUAACCUCAAUUGACAACUGUUCACCAUGUUCAUAUUUUCUUUUUUACAUAUUUGAAGAACCAUUGAGGAACAGAUGUAGAAGCCCUCAUAUAUUAAAAGACGUCACAUUAAAACAAGAGAUUGUUUUUAGAUUUUGUAAAAAUGAUUGAAAGCUAUCCUGCGAUCAGUAUGAUUGUGAACUUUUCUAUUCAGCAGUUUUAAACCUCCAAGACAUGAAUGCAUCUCGGUUGUUAAGUUUGUAACAGUAUUUUCAUAAUGAUUGUUGGAAUGACCAUUCUGCUUUUUAAAUAAUCUUCAAGACUGAUCAGUAAACACUAAGGACCUUGAGUUUAAGUAAAUAAAUUCUUUAUGGUAGCUGAGGAAAAGUAGAAAUUCCACAUCCACACAGAGAAAUUGGUAUUUGUGUAGCUGUGAAGAAAACGGUGGUCAUGCAGCAGAGCACAUCUCAAUAUGGUUACUUUGACAUUUCAUUUUGUCAGUAAUGUAAAGGACUCUUAUUCAGCUUGCAUCAAUAAAAUGAAACCGUAACAUUCA